AAAGUAUUUCCAAAUGGUUUGGAAACUGACUUCAAUUGCUGUGAAAUGUCUGAAGAGGACAGACAUCCGCUAUGUAUGCCAUUUGAGAUCCCGGAAAACGAUCCCGUCUACGGACCCGUUGGCAAACGAUGCCAUGACUUUAAGAGAUCCGUUGCCGGACAUCGGCCUAACUGUGCUCUCGGGCCUCGAGUGCACGUAAAUACGCUGACGGCUCCAAUUGAUGCCAAUUUUGUUUACGGCUCCACCGAAGCCGUCGCUCUCAGACUCAGGGCUUUCAAAGGAGGUUUGUAUUCAAUGCAUUCAAUACAUUAUAACUUUUUAUAUUACUUUACAUCAUAUCCUAUACUAAUAUAUAAUGCAAAACAACAUUUGAAUACAACUAUUGAAUCGUUAGGUCUGAUGAGAGUUUGGGAUCGUUUUCGUGAUUACGGACUCAAACCGAUAUUACCUCCGGAGGACGAGAACCCAGACCUGGACUGUACGGGUCGUCCCGAACACUUGUUUUGCUUCAUCGCGGGUGACAUCCGAGUCAACGAACAAAUCCAUUUGACAGUUCUUCACACCUUCUAUGUCCGCGACCACAACCGGAUGGCCGUCGAGUUGGGACGACUCAACCCUCAUUGGGACGACGAGCGCAUCUAUCAGGAGUGCCGACAUAUAAUGGCCGCAUCCGUACAACACAUUACGCUCAAUGAGUUCCUACCGCUUGUCGUCGGCGAAGAACUCGUCCAUCGAUACAAUCUGACCGAAGAGAAGGACGGCUAUUGGAACGGAUACGACCCCAAUGUCCACACCGCGCCCUCACAGGCGUUCACUACCGCCGCCUUCCGGUUCGGACACACUUUCAUUCAGGGAAUGGUCAGACGAUAUAACAAAUACCACGAAUUCGUGUCCGAAGACAAUCUGCGAAACCUAUUGAGACAACCGUUUGUGGUGUACGAACCGGGAACGCUGGACGAACUGGCGCUCGGCCUUCUCAACACUCCCGCCCAGACGUACGACCCUUUCAUCACCGAAGAAGUGUCCGGACAUCUGUUCCAAGAGAUUCACGCGGCGGUCGGUAUGGAUUUGCCCGCCAUAAACCUCGCCCGAGCGCGCGAACAGGGAGUCCCCGGUUAUAACAUAUACCGCGAGUGGUGUGGACUCCCGCGGGCCGAGACCUUCGAAGACCUGGAGCCGUGGCUCAACAACAAGACGGCAUACCAUUACUCGCAACUCUACGCACAUCCGGACGACAUAGACCUGUGGAGUGGCGGCAUAUCCGAGCGCCGACUGCCGGGCGCUAUGAUUGGGCCGACGUUCGCCUGUAUAGUCGCCCGUAAUUUCGCGAACAUAAGACGCGGCGAUCGCUUCUGGUUUGAGAACUCGGGCUUCCCGUCGGCCUUCACUCCCGAACAGUUGACUCAAAUCAAGCGCUCGACUCAGGCCCGCAUCGUAUGUGAUAACGGAGACGACAUCCCGACCAUCCAGAUGUGGAUCCUCAGACAGGCUCACCCUAUAUUUAACCCGAGAGUGAGGUGCGAGGACUUGCCAUACAUGGACCUGAGGUACUGGCAGGAGGACCCCGUCAAUGGUGGCUAUCCUUUCAAAUGAUAAUCUCAUUCAAUCAAGUAUUUGAUUAUAAUUUAAUUAUAAAGUUAUUGUUUUGUGAGUAUUUUUUAAAUAACUAAUAAAUCCGAA